AUGGCCCGCCUGCCCCGGAAACUGAUCAUCACAAUCGUUUACAUGUAUUGUCUCCUGCUUGUAUAUCGCCUGCAAGACGCCCAUCAGAGUGCGAGCGAGGAGCGGGCGCGGAUCGAGAGCGAGUGGGCCGCCCGCGCCCGCGGUGUCCGCGAGGGCUGCGCCGCAGCCCGCGACUCGCUCCCACUGACGAAACUGCAGAAGAACGCCCUCGCCGCCGCCCGCGUCGACGCCAAGUUGGCCGCCCACUACGAGCGCCUUCACCUCAAGAGCCUCCUCGGCGCCCUGCUCUACGUGCCCAAACGGAACUUCACCUGGUGCAUCAUGCCCAAGGUUGCCUCGACGUCCUGGGCGCUGGCUCUUCUGCAGCUGGAGGGUUACGGCGAGGAGGACCUGCAGGAGACCGGAGAGCCCCCGCAGGUCGCUCUUCGGAAUCUGCUCAGGCCCGUCCAGCCCGACCAGAUGAACGCGACCGUGCAGCCGUCCCUCAAGUUCCUCUUCGUGCGGCAUCCGCUCGAGCGCGUCGUCUCCGCCUACAGGAACAAGCUCGAGGACUCGUUCGCCUACCACGACGGCGAACACUUCUACAGGACCUACGGCAGGAGCAUCGUGCAGGGGUUCCGACAGAGGAAGAAGUUCAAGAUCCUUCUGGACGCCGGCGACGACCCUGGCGACGGCGACGACUACCGGAGGGAGCCCACGUUCGAGGAGUUCGUCGACUACCUUCUGGGCACGGAGGUGGUGGACUACGACGAGCACUGGAAGCCCAUGUGGCUGCAGUGCCACGUGUGCGACCUCGAGUACGACUACAUCAUCAAAUACGAGGCCUUCCAGGAGGAGAGUGAGUACUUCCUGCGCCUGCUGAAGGAGAGGAAGCACGUGCCCGAGAGCUUUGACCUCCGCUGGGAGAACAAGGGCGGCACGGACAAGGGCGCGACGCUCGAGUACCUGAGCAAGAUUAGCGAGCACAAACGUUGGCUGCUCUACGCGAAGUACCAGGAGGACUUCAGCCUUUUCGGCUACACGAUGGAGGGCUACACCGAAGCGAUCCCUCCUGAACUUUCCAUGCACACGAACGAUUUGCAUUAGAUGUCACAUGACCUUCUGGGCUGUAUUUAUUUUCGAAUUCUAAGAAUAAACAGGUAUUUAUAAA